AUGGGAGCAGCAGUAUGUAAAUAAUAGAAUCAAACCUAUGGAGAAGAAAUUAUUUAGAAUCAAAAUGAUGUUUAAGUUAAUAAUAUGACUUUUGCUAAAGAAUAAUCAUCAAAAUUGGAUGGUUCCAAUCUUAAACAUCCAAGUUUACAAAAGAAAAUUAUCACUUAAGUGACAGAGAAGCUACCAGAUGACCCUAUAAGUAUAAUCAAUUCAAUAUAAUUAUUACUAGAUUUAAGCAACAAUUAAUCAAGUAUCCUCUAUGAAGAAAGAUAGGAACCUACUACACCUGCACUUCCAACUCAGUAAAUAAUUCAUAUAAAGUAGCGAUGUUAUCUAAUAGAAUGUAUAACAAUAACAUUUUUAGAAGAUUUAUUUAUUGAAUAAAGAGGAAGCUUAAUCUGUAAAAAUGAAUUCAACAUAAAAAUUAGUGUCUUCUCAACAAGAAGAAAUUCUACAAUGUAUCUAUGAAUUAUGAAAUUGAGAUUAGAGUUCAAAGAAUAAACAUCGCAAUAUUCUAAAUCAUGCAAAGAUGAUAACAGAUAAAAGUUAUUAAAUAUAAAUUUAGUUGAAGAUAAUGUAAUUGAUUUCAAUUAUAAUAGCUUGAUGAUUAUAUUUAUUUUGAUUGGAAGAACAGUAAUUUUUAGUUAACUAAUAUUAAUGAAUAAAAUCUAUUGAAGAAAGUAAGUUCAGCUAAAGUUACUUCUAAAUAAGUUAAAAAAAACUAUUGA